AUGGUUGCAGAUAAAACCCCAACGCUAGCGAUCUUGUUCUCAGGAAGGCCUAUGGUUCUAGAGCCGCAGAUUCUUACAAAGACAGAGGCUCUUGUAGCUGCUUGGCUCCCUGGAAGCGAAGGACAAGGUAUUGCUGAUGUAAUUUUCGGAGAUUAUGAUUUCGAGGGGAAGUUACCAGUGAGCUGGUUUAAAAAUGUAGAGCAGUUGCCGCUUGACAUUGAUGCAAAUGGGUAUUUCCCAUUGUUUCCUCUUGGUUUUGGUCUCAAAUUGUGA